UCCAGAUACGCCUAUAAAUCGAUCCGUGAUUGAAAAGUUUGGCCCCCAAAAACCAUAAAAUAAAUAAAACCACGUACAAAAUGAUUCAGCCAUUGCCAGCCAGAAAUUUGAAAUCCCGGAAACCCAAUUUGCCCAAAUCUCUCUUUCAUAGAAAUCCUGGUCUUGCCUUCUCUGUGUUCCACUUUUCAUUCCCAAAGUCAUCGUCUUUUCUUUUUUUUUUUUCAUUUAUCUUUGAAAUGCAUCCAUUGCCGCCAUCCUCAGAUAGAAGCUUGCAAACCCUUUUGAAUCAGUCACCACAAGAGAAACAAAGCCCUGUGAUUAUGGAGGGAGCAGGGUACCAAGGUACUGACCCUGAACCCGGAAGUAGUGUACCCAGCAGUGCCAAUUCUUCUUCAAAAAUGUGUUCUUCAAGUGUAUCAGGUGCUCAGCCUUCUGGAAUAGAUGAUGACCCUGAUGAGUGUGUGUCUGAGGUGGGAGAUAUUGGGGAUCGAGCUCUGCACAGCAACAGGAACAGUUUCAGUGAGAGCCUUAACAACUUGUCUGGAGAGGAUGUUUUAUUGCCAUCCUAUGGGUUUUGGUGUCGUGAUCGUACUGCAUCCCGUGCUAUCCCCACUGUGCCUUUGCCAGAGGAAAUCAUAUCUCUUUCCAUUGAUGUGGCAUCACGCAAUGAAGAUAAAAAGCAAGUGAGCUUUCGGUUGGAAAAUACAAAUAAGUUGCUGCCAAAGUGGAUGGAGUAUGGUUCAUGUAUGACACAUUUAGCCGUUUUUGGUAUUCUUGGGGUCUUGACGAGGUAUCUACUGCAAAAAUUGUUUGGCCCAGGAGGUGCUGGUGUGACAAGUGACCAAACAAUUCUUUACCUUGAUCUUCCUUCUAAUAUGGUUGGUUCUUUCUUGAUGGGAUGGUGGGGUGUUGUUUUCAAAGCAGAUAUAUCCUAUGUGUCAGAUUUUUUGGCCAUUGGAUUGUCAACCGGUUAUCUGGGAAGCCUUACUACUUUCAGUGGUUGGAACCAGAAAAUGCUUGAACUCAGUGUUCAAGGCCAUUGGCCUUUUGCUGCGCUUGGCAAUUUAAUAGGUUUAUUUCUUGCGGCAUACUCUAUUAUUUUUGGGAUAGAGACAUCUAAGGGUUUCAGGCAGCUUCUUAAAAGGUGUUCAGGGUCUGACAUUGCCAUCUCUAGAAAGACCUGGAGGGUUGACAGCUACAAGCGCCACUUGGCAGUUUGGGCAGUGUUGCUGGUGAUGCUAGGUUGUCUAUGGAGUGUGAGUGGAAUCUUGGUGAAGGAGGACUUUAGAAAUGACAGCAGUGAGACACAUCUAUGGUUGGCCUGCAUCAUUGGACCUGUAGGUGUGUGGAUCAGGUGGUUCUUAGCUCGACUCAAUGGACGUGGAUUAGGAAAGACAGGGUUGUUAAAAUGGCUUCCAUUUGGUACUCUAAUUGCAAAUGUUUCUGCAGCUUGUAUCAUGGCAGCCCUUGCUACUGUGGAGAAAGAGGUGAAUACCAAGACUUGCAAUAUCAUUGUAACCGGAGUACAAUUUGGUUUUUUGGGUUGCCUGAGUACUGUUUCUACCUUCAUUUCUGAAUUCAAUGCAAUGAGAGAAAGUAAACACCCCUGGAGAGCAUAUGCAUACUUCAUGGUUACGAUAUGCGCCUCGUUUUGUUUGGGGACCUUAAUAUAUUCUCUCCCAGUUUGGGCAAAGGGAUACAAAUAGAACAUGUUGCUAGGCCAGCCUCAUCUUGUCUCGAAUCUAUCCAAGCACAGAACAUCCUUGUGCUUCUUCAGUUUGCCAUGGAACUUGAAGAAGAUUUUUUCACCCGAUCACCAACAGCCAAUGCUGGUUUAACAGCGGCCAAGUUUUGAGUUCUGACUGAUACAGCAGGUGUGUUAUUCGUAGUUGGAAGAAAUUACAAUCGUACAUUAAUCAGAAAUCUUCUGCAUAAGUUUACUUUUCACUUCAUUGCUUCAGAGUUUACUGUAAAUUUUCAAUCCAAGGUAAUAGUGAGUUGAUGAUAUAAUAGUGAUA